AUGGCCAUGUUACUGUUGACGGGAAUGGUGAAACUCAUCCUGGUUGAGGGGAAUGAUGGGCCUCCAGAGUGUCGCUUUAAUCAAAGGAAAUGCAAAGGAUUAGAGAAGGCAUCAAGAUUGGGUCAUAUGAUCCUUGUUCAUGGUUCAGGCCAUGGAGAUUGGUACAAGCUUAAGCCCUUGCUUGAGGCUGCUGGCUAUGAAGUGACCACUGUUCAGCUUGGCCCUACACUCACCACCUCCCUUGAUUCAACAGAGAAUAUUACAUUUUUGAAUUACUCAAAACCGUUAUUUGAUGUGAUGAAAUGUGUAGACCACCACAAGGUUAUACUUGUUGCUUAUAGUUUUGGAGGGUUGAGCAUAUCUCUUGCAAUGGAGAAGUUCCCUAAGAAGUUUAUGAAGGUUCCAAAAGUCUGGAAGGACAGUUGCUCAAUUACUCGUGGGAACAACUCAUGGAUUUCCUUCGGUGACAAGUUUUUGAAGUCUUCGUUCUAUCAAUUAUGUUCUCCAGAGGAUUUUGCGCUGAUCUCUACACUUAAAAGGCCGGGAUCAUUCUUCCCUGAAGAUUUGGAUAAAAUACAGCUUUCUGAAAAGAAAUAUGGUAGUGUGAAUCGGGUUUAUAUUAUAGCUAAAGAUGAUUUAGCAAUAAGAGAGGAUUUCCAACGUGAGAUGAUUGCUAAUUAUACAGUGAAGGAAGUGAAAGUGAUUGAUUAUUCAGGUCAUGAGCCUCACUUGUCAAGGCCCUUGGAGUUGUCUGCACAUUUGUUAGAAGUUGCUAGAAAUUAUUCCUCAUCAUCAAGAUGUCACUGCUCCUGACUCCAAAUAAGAUUGGCCAUUGAACAAGGACUGUAACUUGGGCUGGGUUGUCAACAAAAACAUAUUUAUAUGGGCUUGAUGGGCCUAAAAAA